UAUAUUUGACAAGUUAAUGUUUAUUUUUUUGUUGCGGUUUGUUUCUCCAACAGCUGAUAAAGUCAAUCUAACUAACCAAAAAUUACGCAGCAGGUUCCUGAUCCAAUGAAAAUAAUAAAUAGUUGAUAUCAUGUCAAACUCGCAAGACAAACCAUCAAAUGGCUUAGGUUCCGAUCCAUUACAGAGACUGGCUUCUUUCAAACCACCGCGUGAUCUUUCCCUAGGUGGUGUAAAACCAAAUAAAAAGGUGUUUACUCCGAAUUUAAAUGUAACGAGAAGUAGAAACAAGGGAGUUCCCUCAGCAAACAGCCGUGAUCACAGGAAGGAUGACAAAGAUAGGAGAGAUAGAGGAAAUCAUAAAAACAAAAAGAAAGGUCCUUUAAUUAUCAAAUCUGCUGGAGUAUUUUCUGAAGGUUUAGGGGCUGUAGAGAGGAGUCAGUACAGAGGGCCGUCUUACGCCCGUGAUGGAGAAGGAACGCCCACUCUGCAAAGACCCACUAUAAGAGUAAAGGAUGUGAUUAAAAUUGAUAAAGAACUAGAAGAACAGAAGAUCAAGUCAGUGGUCGGAGGUGACUAUGAGCUGGAUAUCGAAGUGGAGGACUUUAAGCAAUCUUUUGAAAUUGACGCUCCAAUCAAACUGCCCAUAGACGAUGGUUGGUUAUACAGUCAACCAAAGCCAACUGUAAAAAUCAAACAAGAAGUGAUUGUGAAGACGGAACCUACGGAAUAUGCUAAUUCACCAAUGCCAGAAGUGGAAGAGAAACCUACCAUCCCAGCAGAACUUGAAGACACAAAUAUCACAAAUUUAUUAAGAAGUGAUAAACCAACGCUUAUUUUAUUACAGUUGCCAACUUCCCUGCCGGGACGGAGUGGGGGAGGGGACGCGAAUGAGGACUCUCGAGGAAAACCCUCUAAAGAAACACAAGAAGAACCACCUAGUGAGGGUGGCGAGGGCUGCGUGCUGUCAGGGCUGCAGGAAGGUCGUGUGGGCAAGCUGCAGAUCCGGCGUUCCGGACGAGUCACCCUCUUGCUAGGAGACACUGUCUUUGAGGUAUGUCCAGGCACAAAGACAGCUUUCCACCAGGAAGCGGUGUCGAUCAGUGUGGAGGAUACAGCCCGGUCCGCAAAGCUUGUCUCACUCGGCUCGCUGCAACACAAACUGACCGUGCUGCCCGACUGGCAGACCAUGUUCAAUGAUAUGGCUGUUUAAUUUGUAUCUAUGUAUUUAAUAUGAAUAAAAUAUUUGUAUUGUUAA